AUGCGUUUGCUCCUUGUUCUCGCUGCUGCGGCCGCUGUGUCGGCGUUGCCAAGCAAGGCCAGCUAUAAGCGAUCUCCCUACACCGACACGGACAAGAUCGCAGUCGAUGCCGCAGCUGGUCAGAAGCGAUCCCCAUAUACUGAUACCGACAAGAUCGCAGUCGAUGCCGCUGUCGGACAGAAGCGGUCUCCCUACAUCGACACGGACAAGAUCGCUGUCAACGCCGCAGCUGGUCAGAAGCGAUCCCCAUAUACUGAUACCGACAAGAUCGCAGUCGAUUCCGCUGCCGGACAGAAGCGAUCUCCUUACACUGACACCGACAAGAUCGCUGUCAACGCCGAGGGCCCAACUUCUUAA